AGAGUUUGCGCAUACUUAGUCCAACAGCUCUGGUUUAUAAGAAUUUUCUCGAGGCGUUCUGAAUCAAUAAACUCUAUAUUUAUUUUUAAUUGUAGAAUCAUAAUAAUACUUUCCAAAUAGUGAUCCCAGUACUAGGGAAAUCAUGAGCUUUGGAAAUUUCUUGAGACGUAUAUCAUUUGACAGUGAGAAAAUUCACUCCGAUUCUCCUGCUUCGGACAGUACUGAAUCAUCUGAAUGAAUUCAUUCUUUACAUCACCCAGUAGGAUUUUUGAAAGUGUCAAUGCAAAAACAGGUCAUCUUGUUUCAGAUUUAAACCAAAAACUAGAUAUAAGUGGGAAACUUGACUCAAUUAAACAAGCUUCAGUCGGAACAUUAGAACAAGUUGUGCGCGGAUCUUCAGUGAGUCGAUCAGAUAGCAAAGAUACAUCCCAAAAAAGUGAAACCCUAGAAGAUGCUUCGAAGAAGUCGAAUUUUGACCAAGAUGUCAAUGAUUCCACCAGAAAUUCCUUCUCAUAUUCACCUUCUAGUGAUAAAUCUAAAGUGAACUUCGACAGACCUGAGGCGACGAAGUCUUCAGCUAAUGUUCAGUUUCCACUUAAUCAAGAAUCUCAAAGAUCUGAGGAGUCAAAUACAUCACAGACUGGAAGUGGGCUAAGACGACAAAGCACACAAAGUACGCCACGUCCACCUAGACCACCUCCUCCAAGUACUGCAGCAUUGAGUAGAGCCAUGAGCUUAGAUGAAACAAACCUUUCUGCACAGAUUAAGGCAUCUGGACCAUCUGGCAAUAAGGGACAACCAGUUGACGAACAGUCAGAUGAUCAGAAGACAAAGCAUUCAAGAAGAGAUGUGACUGCAUUCAAAACAAAUGAAGAGUCACGGAUACUUCAGCAGCCUAGUGCACCAGUUAUUGAAGAGGAAGAAAAUAGUUCUGCUUCAGAAUAUGGUGAGAACGGAGAUCAGCCAAUUUAUAGACAUGAAUCAGAUUUACCAAUCACCACGAGGGAUCAACCAGAUAUUGGAUUAAAGUUGUUUGAAGCACCAAAGGCAGAGCAGUUAAAGAAGAGAAGUUUUCCACUCCUCGACCAUGUGCAACACUUCCUAAUGCGACUAGUAUAGAAGAAAUUCAAGAGUUUAUGGAAUUGUAUACUUCAGCUUUAAUAAUAGGACG